GAAGGCUGCAGGCUCGAUGUUUUGGGAGUAAAAGGUCGGUGACGUGAAAGGAAACGAUAAAAAGAGCUGCUGCUUCUUCACUCUCUCCCAUCCUCGUCCUCCUGAGACAUCGCACUCCUCGUACUCCAAUUUUUCUCUUUGGAAUAGUUCAAUUGAAAGCAGGACAACUGGCGACUGAAAUGGGUGAAUGGGAUGUGCUGGCACGCCUGCUGGAUAAAGUGCAGACCCACUCCACGGUGAUCGGCAAGGUCUGGCUCACCACGCUGUUCGUCUUCCGCAUCCUGGUCCUGAGCGCAGGCGCCGAUAAGGUGUGGGGCGAUGAGCAAUCCGACUUUGUCUGCAACACCCAGCAGCCGGGCUGCGAGAACGUCUGCUACGACCUCGCCUUCCCCAUCUCUCACGUUCGCUUCUGGUUCCUGCAGAUUAUCGCUGUGGCCACCCCCAAGCUGCUUUACCUCGGUCACGUCCUGCACGUGAUCCACGCUGAGAAGAAGAUGAAGGAGAGGAUAAAGAAGCAGGCCGAGUUGGACGACCAGGCCAGUCUGUUCCUGAGGAGAGCCUUCAAAGUUCCCAAGUACACCAAGACCACUGGCAAGAUCAGCAUCCGAGGCGUUCUCCUCCGCAGUUACGUCCUCCAUCUUGUGGCCAAGAUUGUCCUGGAAGUCUUGUUCAUCGUCGGUCAGUACUUUCUUUACGGUUUCACCCUCCACACUCGCUACGUCUGCUCCCGCUCACCUUGCCCUCACAAGGUGGACUGCUUCCUGUCCAGGCCGACAGAGAAGUCGGUCAUCAUCUGGUUCAUGUUAGUGGCGGCGGUGGUCUCCCUCGUCCUCAGCCUGGUUGAGCUGUUCUAUCUGAUUGUGAAAGCGGUGAAGGAGUGCAUGGCGAGGAGGCAGGACUACACCGUGACCCCAGUGACACCGCCACUUUCAGGCAGGAAAGCUUUCAAAGGCUGCGACGAGAUGAUCCAGAACUGUGUCAACCUGGAGCUGGAGCUCCACGGGCGAAAGCUGGGGGUAAACGGGGUCACAGGCGGGGUCAACGACGCCGCUAAAAAUGCAUCGCCUGAGAACAACAACAUAGGGGAGGUCCACAUCUGACAUGUGGAGGCUGUAACAGGUUGUACUUGACCAAUUUUCCUGUGUUCCCGUAUUUGUGUUCCUUUGGCUGUGGGUGGGAAGGGAUGUGUUUGAGCAGUAAAUAAAGAAGAUGGGAGGGGAGUAACCAGCUUCUGUCAACACAACUCAGUCACAGGCAAAAUGUGACCAAAAUAACCAACCAUGUCUUCCUGCAGUUGACAGACCCAUCAAUUUAGAUUCUGUUUUGUUUUGUUUUUUGUAAUUGAUUUUACUAAGGGUACUUUUUUGUAAGGAUUUCAGAUAACGUUGUUGCAAUUUUGAUUCAAUAAACUUCUCACACUGUGGUUCA